AUGGAAAAAUAAUAGAGGUAAAAAAGAAAAAGAAUAUGAAAGAAUAUAAUUAGAAUUUGCAGCAAUAAGAGAAGUGGCAGAAUAGAAAGUUAUAAGUUCAAAGAAAAUGUUAGAAAAUGGAUUAAAUAGAAGAAUACCUUAAUAAUUGAUAAGUGAGAGAGAUAAGUUUUUAUUAUCUCAUGUAAUAUUGGAUGAUAGAGAAGAAGAAUAAAGAUAAAGAGAUUGUAUUUAUGAAGAUGUUCAAUAAAAAUUAUAAUAAGAGAACGAAAAAAAGAAAUUAGAAACUGCUGAAAUACUUAGAAAUAUAAAUGCUAAGAAAUUUGAAUUGAAUGAACAAUAAUAAUAUUGA